AUGGACGGGCUGAGCAUCAACGACCUGGAAGAUGGGGUGUUGGUGAAGAUCUUUGCAAUGGCGGUUGGGGCACCCUCAAGAGAAUUCGAUCCUUACUUUGGCGGUUUCUUCAAAGGCAACCAGAGUUUGGAGCCCACAGUGGUGGAGGGGUUUGGAAUGAUCCUCACACUUCCUCAAGUCUGUAAGAGAUGGCAGGGUCUGAUAGACAGUGCCCCCACACUGUGGAGCCGUGUUUUUGUGGGCAAGCCUGACGAGGGUGGACCGCCUCCUGGACCUGGCGCAGCGAUGACGUAUCCCCCUGUUGUGAACCUGCGGUGGUGGUCCAAUCACUGCUCCCUGGUUGAGAGCCUGCACAUCCGCGGGAACCAGACCAAAAGGGACGGCCCCUUGGAUACCUUCAACCUUGGUGUGCUGUCCCUCCUCUCUUCCCAGCGACUCAGGGUGCUCCACCUCGACGACUGCUUUCAGAAUGGCGCCUCCGAGAGCCUCAUCCCGGUGCUGACAGGCCUUCAGAAUCUUGAACAGUUGCAGAUUGGCCCGGCCAGGAAUGAGUUUGCCAGGGGUGUGGAGCAAUUGACCAAGUUGACAAACUUGAGGCUGCUGGAGCUGCAAGGCAUGGAUGAUGCAGCUGUGCAGCUGUCUUCGAAGUACUUGCCCAUCAGCCUGGAGGUCUUGGCCCUUGGGGCUGUUGACAUCUGCCCUAACACAGAGGAUAAUUGUCAUCUGACAAACCUAAAGGUGCUGAAACUGGUGGAAGUGGACUGGGAUGGGCCGUUCUGCGCACACAUCGGUAACCUCAUCAACCUGGAGGAGUUGGUCCUCAGCGAUGUGUACCACACCAUGGAGCAUGUCCGUGAGACAGAGUUGUUCAUCGAAGAACUGUCGAAAAUAAGCGCACUGGAGAAACUGCGGCACCUGGAAGUCAUGGGGGACCUGGACAACGAAGACCGCGGGCUGUUUGAGAGAAUCGGAGAGGCGAUUGUGCAGAAGCCGCCUUUCAAAUAUCUAGAGAAGCUCUGCAUCAGCUUCCAAAGCAUGCAGGAGUUCUCCCCUGCGUUUGGGCACUUCGAAGACUUGACUCACCUCAACCUCGAAGGAUUCCAUCUGUCCUCUGUGCCAGUGGCUAUCAUGGAGCUUCCAUGCCUUGUCGAUCUUGGUUUGUGCAGCUGUGGGCUCCAGACGUUUCCCACCACAGCCCCCGCCAGCGCAGCCACCAUCACCCUGUUGCGCCUGGUGGACAACAGAUUCCCGGAAGUACCCAUCGGUCUGAAGCACUGGAAAGGCUUGCAGGAGUUAGACAUGUCAAAUAACUACUUCCAUUUUACUGACCAUGCCGCGUUCCUGCUGAGCCUGCCUGACCUGGAGUGUCUGCGUCUGUUCUCUGGAAAAGCAAGGGCUGGGGCUGAGUCUUUUGAGCGCGUUGAGAAUGUAGAUCGUGGUCAGCUAGGCUGUCGUUUGGGGUACCAUUUGGGUUAUCUAUGCGGUGGGCUGCAGGCGAAAGGGUGCAGAGUGUAUCUGUAG